AUGUCAGAACCCGCUGCUGAUCAGUACACGAUUGGGUGGAUCUGCGCGUUACAGGAAGAGUUUGAAGCCGCCUGCCGGAUGCUGGACGAUGAGUAUGAUGGCCUGGAAGCUGCCGACCCCAACGACGACAAUACCUACGUCUUCGGCCGCGUUCACAGCCACAACGUUGUCAUUGGAUGUCUUCCGUCCGGCAUCUACGGCACCACCUCUGCUGCUUGCGUUGCCAGAGACAUGGUCCGGUCCUUUCCUAACCUGAGAUUUGCCCUCAUGGUCGGAAUUGGUGGAGGCGCUCCAACACCUGAGAGAGACAUCCGCCUUGGUGAUGUGGUGGUCAGUGAGCCCAAAGGCCAGCUUGGAGGAGUCUUGCAGUAUGACUUGGGAAAGCGGUUGUCAGACGGCGAGUUCAAACGAACAGGCCAGCUCAAUGCUCCUCCACGUGUACUUCUCGGUGCCCUACCCGAAGUCCGACGACGUCACAAUGAUCCAAGGAAGAGGCAUUCCAUGGCUGAAAAUCUGACCCGCAUGGACGACAUGCCCGAAUAUUCGCGCCCUGCUUCUGAUAAGCUCUAUCGUGUCGAAUCUCGGCAUCGCAAUGGCAAGACAUGCGAUGAAUGCGACUCUAGUGGGCUGAUAGAACGCCCUCCGCGACCGUCGGAUCGAACAAUCGCUAUCCACUAUGGGACCAUCGCAUCUGCCAAUACAGUGAUGAAGGAUGCCGCCGAAAGAGACCGAUAUGCCAACGACCCAGCGCUUAAUGUGCUCUGCUUUGAGAUGGAGGCAGCAGGUUUGAUGAACAACUUCCCCUGCCUUGUGAUUCGAGGAAUCUGCGACUACUCUGAUGGCCACAAGAAUGACGAAUGGCACAAUCAUGCAGCUCUCACGGCCGCUGCGUGA